AGCAUAUUUCUUGGCAUCUGGUUUGAAAUGUAUCAUUACAGUGUAGCUUAUAUUUUACAUACUUUGUGCAUAUACUGCAUAUGUGGGUUUUUAAAACAUUGCUUUUAUCCUCAGGUUCACCAGAGUGGUUCUGGAUGGUCUCCGGUGUAUGUUGAAGAAAACUUAUGUGUCAUGUCUGUGGGGUUCUUGCUCAGUGGUCCUGAUGAUGCUGUUAUCUGGAGAGGACCCAAAAAAAAUGGAAUGAUCAAACAAUUUCUUCGUGAUGUGGAUUGGGGUGAAAUUGACUACCUUAUUGUGGAUACACCUCCAGGUACUUCAGAUGAACAUUUAUCUAUUGUGCAGUAUCUAAGUUCCUCACACAUAGAUGGAGCAGUUAUAAUCACUACUCCUCAGGAAAUAUCACUUCAGGAUGUUCGAAAGGAGAUCAACUUUUGUCAUAAGGUGAAACUGCCAAUCAUAGGUGUUGUUGAAAAUAUGAGUGGCUUUGUAUGCCCAAAAUGUAAGAUUGAAUCUCAAAUCUUUCCUCCAACAACUGGAGGAGCAGAGAAGAUGUGCCAAAAUUUAAAUAUUUCUCUCCUGGGGAAAGUGCCCCUAGAGCCUCAAAUAGGGAAAAGUUGUGAUGAAGGCCAAUCUUUUUUCUCUGAAAUACCUGAGUCCCCAGCUACUUCAUCUUACAGGAAUAUCAUCCAAAGGAUUCAAGAAUAUUGUGACCUACAACACUCACAAGAAAAAUUAUCUAACCAAGGAAUGGAAUAAAUGUGCAGUUAAUACAUGAUUGUGUCAUGAAUUCAUAGGCAGAAUGUAAAAACUUGUACUCCUUUUCUGUAUUGCAAUUAAAUAAUUUUUAAGUUAA